GCGCGCGUGGUAGCGCGGACGCGGGUCGGGACAAGGGUGCCGGGAGGUUGCCCGGCCGCCCGCGCCGCCGCCCCUUGACUGACGCACAGAGGGGCCGGGACACGAUUUGCCGCGAGUGACUGGAGCUGCCGCCGCCACCACCGCCCGGUCCCGCUCCGCCCCCAGCCCGCCUUCCUCCCGCCUCGCCCUCCGCCUCCGCCCGCACCUCGCUCGCGUCCCCGCGUCCUCCCCACCGCCCCGGAGCCGCCGGCCGCCAGCGCCAGCCAGGUGCAGCUGUAAAAAGAAAGAAGAAGAAAAAAGGAUCGCCAUCAGGAGGAAAAGAAAAUUUACUAGAGGAAGUUACGAGAGUAAAAUGGAGGCCUCAGUAAUAUUACCCAUUCUGAAGAAAAAACUAGCCUUCCUUUCAGGCGGGAAGGACAGACGAAGUGGCCUCAUUCUGACAAUUCCAUUAUGCCUGGAACAGACAAAUAUGGAUGAGCUAAGUGUCACCUUAGACUACCUACUCAGCAUUCCAAGUGAAAAGUGUAAGGCUAGAGGAUUUACCGUGAUUGUGGAUGGCAGAAAAUCACAGUGGAAUGUGGUGAAAACAGUUGUCUUAAUGCUACAGAAUGUUGUUCCAGCUGAAGUGUCCCUGGUUUGUGUAGUGAAGCCAGAUGAAUUCUGGGAUAAGAAAGUAACACAUUUUUGUUUUUGGAAAGAAAAGGAUAGACUUGGCUUUGAGGUUAUUUUAGUGUCCGCCAAUAAAUUGACUCGUUACAUAGAACCAUGCCAGUUAACAGAAGAUUUUGGUGGGAGUCUCACCUAUGAUCACAUGGACUGGUUAAAUAAGAGGCUGGUUUUUGAGAAAUUUACAAAGGAAUCUACAUCAUUAUUAGAUGAACUUGCUUUGAUUAACAAUGGAAGUGAUAAAGGAAAUCAGCAAGAAAAGGAAAGGUCUGUGGAUUUAAACUUUCUUCCAUCAGUUGAUCCUGAAACUGUUCUUCAGACAGGGCAUGAAUUGUUAUCCGAAUUACAGCAGCGUCGAUUUAAUGGCUCAGAUGGAGGGGUCUCAUGGUCUCCUAUGGAUGACGAACUGCUUGCACAGCCACAGGUUAUGAAAUUAUUAGAUUCACUGCGAGAGCAGUAUACCCGCUACCAGGAAGUUUGUAGGCAGCGUAGUAAGCGUACACAGUUAGAAGAGAUUCAACAGAAAGUGAUGCAGGUUGUGAACUGGCUUGAAGGGCCUGGAUCAGAACAACUGAGAGCCCAGUGGGGGAUUGGAGACUCCAUUCGGGCUUCCCAAGCCCUACAGCAGAAGCACGAAGAGAUUGAGAGCCAGCACAGUGAGUGGUUUGCAGUAUAUGUAGAACUUAAUCAGCAAAUUGCAGCACUCUUAAAUGCUGGGGAUGAGGAAGAUCUUGUGGAACUGAAGUCGCUGCAGCAACAACUUAGUGAUGUUUGUUAUCGACAGGCCAGUCAGCUGGAAUUUAGGCAGAAUCUUUUACAAGCAGCUCUUGAAUUUCACGGUGUUGCCCAAGAUUUGUCUCAGCAGUUGGAUGGCUUAUUAGGGAUGUUGUGCGUAGAUGUAGCACCAGCUGAUGGAGCAUCGAUUCAGCAAACUUUAAAACUGCUUGAAGAGAAGCUGAAAAGUGUUGAUGUAGGAUUGCAAGGUUUGCGUGAAAAAGGUCAAGGUCUUCUGGAUCAGAUCUCCAAUCAGGCAUCCUGGGCCUAUGGAAAAGAUGUAACCAUUGAAAAUAAAGAAAAUGUGGACCACAUACAAGGAGUGAUGGAAGAUAUGCAGCUUAGGAAACAAAGAUGUGAAGACAUGGUAGAUGUGCGAAGAUUAAAGAUGCUUCAAAUGGUGCAGUUGUUUAAAUGUGAAGAAGAUGCUGCCCAGGCAGUAGAAUGGCUAAGUGAACUUCUGGAUGCUCUUCUUAAGACCCACAUCAGAUUGGGAGAUGAUGCUCAGGAAACAAAAGUUUUAUUGGAAAAGCACAGAAAAUUUGUUGAUGUUGCACAGAGCACUUAUGACUAUGGAAGACAGCUGCUGCAGGCCACAGUUGUUCUGUGUCAGUCUUUGCGCUGCACCUCUCGAUCAUCCGGGGACACACUUCCUCGACUCAACAGAGUGUGGAAACAAUUUACAAUAGCAUCUGAAGAGAGGGUACACAGGCUGGAAAUGGCUAUUGCAUUUCACUCUAAUGCUGAAAAGAUUUUGCAAGACUGUCCAGAAGAGCCUGAAGCUAUUAAUGAUGAGGAGCAAUUUGAUGAAAUUGAAGCAGUUGGGAAAUCACUUUUAGAUAGACUAACUGUUCCUGUAGUUUAUCCCGAUGGAACUGAACAGUAUUUUGGGAGUCCAAGUGACAUGGCUUCUACUGCAGAACACAUCAGAGACAGGAUGAAACUAGUUAGUCUCAAAAGGCAGCAGCUGAGACAUCCCGAAAUGAUGGCUACGGAGAGCUAAUAGCUGCCUUCUUUCCCCAGAUCUGCAGUUCACAGUCCCGCAUGGAGUCGGCAUACUACAACAUGAGCUACGAUACUUUUAAGAUGCAUUUCACAGCCAGGAUAAGCCUCAUUUCUUUCCAUUACACAUUUCUCUCCACAUGUUAAAACCUUGUUACUACCAAGGCAUAAUUAUGUAACAUACUUUGAGACCAUAGACUCCAAGUAUCUUAAAAGAAAGAACUGUAAACAUUGCACUGAAAACUUGCUUUAAAGCUUUACCUGACCUGUCAGUUUGUAGAUGAACAACUGAUAAUAAGCUUUGAAUGGUGCUAAUAAGAGUUUAGGAAUUCUCUAUGUAAGAAAUGAUUGCCCCUCCUCCCCAGGUGAUGUAGUAAAUUUAGACUAUAGUUAAACUGUUACUAGUAGGUAGUGGUGUCCUCAAAAUUUUACUUUGUAAUUCUUCACAACUGAUUAUUUUUAUUGUGUCAGUAUGAAGGAAAGGUUCAGAUUUUUGAUAUAUUCAUUAAAAGGCAUUUUUUAUUUGUUUUGAUAAUGUAUUAAAAGUUGUUUGUGCUUAAUAAAAGACUUCUUUUAAACAUCUUAUUUAAUUUGGUGGUUACAUCCUGUUUCCAAACAUGAGUGCCUUAUUUAAAAUGGCAUUCUUAGGAUUGUGAGGAUGGUUUAGUAUUUGUUUUUUCAUGUUGGUUGCAUGUGUUUUAGCCAGGAGAUUCAUAUGUAAGCAUGUAUAUAUAAUAAAUAAGCAUGUUUUAUCAUGGAAAAUAAUUGUGAAGAACAAUUUAGAUCUUUAAGAACUUAUGAAUAAUGGAAUUAUUUCUAAUUUUUCUCUUCCUCAACUUGAAAAAUGUUAUGCAAAUUAUUUACUACUUUGAAGAUAUUUUGUUUUGGGGGGAGGAGGGCUAGGGAAGAAGGCAUACAUAGUUACUUAGGUGUAAUCCUUUAUAUCAGAGUAAUCUUUCUCAGACUAAAAUAGCAAUUGUUAAUAAAAUGUAAUUUCUCAUGAUAGAUUAGAAGCAAGAUUCUGAAGUAGUAUAACAAAAAUUAUACAACUCUUUUAGAAAUAAAAUUUGUAAAAUGUUAGUGCUUUUAAGUUUAUAUUAAGUUUAAGUGAAAAAAUUUCAUAUAAUGUGUUAAUUUUUAUUUCAGAAAAUGUUUUGAGAAAGAUUAAAAAUAAUUUUGUAGUCUGUGAUCAAUACAAAAUUAUGCAAAGAAUUGUAUGCUGGUUCCUUUUCGUUGUCUACAGAAAUGCUCAUGUAUCUUCCAAUGCAAAAAAAAACUCACCCUGAGCCUGCCAGUUUCUCCAGUGUUCUUCACUGCUGGACUCUGGAAAAAUCCAUAUUCAUCGCCCCAUAUCCUCAUCUCUCACUGCUCAGCACCUUGCCAUCUGGUUUUACACAGCACUGUGGUGUAACAGUUCUCAGUGGGCUCCCAGUUCCCAAACUGAAUGAUUUUUUUUUUUCCUCAGGCUGCCUCCCUUUUCCUUCUCUGUCUCUGUAGCAUUUAUACCAUUGAGCAACCUUUCCUAGACAGUGUCUCCUCCCUCCAAGAUGUUUUUCUCGCCGUAACUGAGUCCAAUCGCAUAACUCUUACUUAAAAUGCAUCUACUAAAAUGUGCUCGCUCAGAUUCUGUCUUCAGCAUGCUUCUGGAGGUAUCUCAUCCUUAAAGUUUCUCUUUCAUCCCAGUGUCCUGCGUUAAGUAUUUGGUUCAGAAUUCUAAACCUGUGCUUUUGACUACCUGCUUGACAUGUCAACCUAGACGAAGUUAUUUAUCAUAUUUUUCACCUUCUCUUUAGAGUAAUUUUAGUUAAAGAUGCAUCUAGUUUUAAUAAUCAGAUGUGCCAGAAAAUCUGGGGGACACAUUCAACUGCUCCCUUUUAUGCUGCCACUGCUUCUGAGAACAUCCAGGGAGUUUUUUCUAUAUUUGAUAAUGCUCUCAGUCUUUUAGGACUUAACUUCUAUGAGUCUGAACUUUUGAGAUUCUUCAUUUCCAUCUUCAUGAUGGUGCUAACCACAUGCUACAGUUGUUUGUGUCUGUACCUGCUCCAUUAUCAGCUCUUUUGAGGGCAGGAAUCCUAUGAGACUGACUUCUCCCAUUCCCAGCCUUUUGCUCAUGCGUGAUAGUCGCUCAUUUCCCCUAUACACGAAUGGUCUUUGGUAAGCAUCAGUAGUAAUCCCUCUUAUAUUGUAGUCUGAAGUAUGUUUUAAACAGAUUUCCUAAAGUUAGGACUGGCUUAUGAGUGAAUCUACUUAUUAGGAAGUCUUGGUAUUUUAGAUACUUAGAUAUUAAUUUAGAUAUUUAGUUACACUCAAUAUCUGUUUCUUCUACUGAAUUUCACAGUAAUUAGAAUGUUUUUAUUAAGACUCUGCCAGAAAGGAACUGGAUUGUAAGUAAUGAGACUCUUUAGUUCUACCAUCAGCUCACCUACUUACUGUCAAAUGAGUUCAUUUUUAGGUGCCUUAAGCUGUCCUGCCUACAGCAAAAGUGAAAUAAGGCAUAUCUGAACAUGUUUGUAACUUGAGUAUUUCAAAUGAAGAUGAAUAUGCUUUUAACGUAAAUAUUGUUGCUUUUCAUUUGUAACUUUGCUCUACUUUCUAUAUGUAUAUCCAUAUACGCACAGGCAGUUAUGAAUGAAAACUCAACAAUGCGCUAAUGAUUUUUUUCAUAAGGCCACAGUACCUGUUGAAGGACUGUGAAGGAAGUGAUUGCAUCUAUUUGAAAUGAUCAGUUCUUUGUGCAUCAUAAAUUAACGUUGGCCAACAAAUAUAACAGAGAAAGAAUGAUCAUUUCUAACUGGUGUUUAGUUUACCACAGCUUUCCACAUUACUUUAGUGCAUCUCAGGGAAUUAUUGAAAUCUGAAUUGGGCUAGCUUUGUUUGGUGUUGGUUUUUUGGUUUGGGUUUUCUUUUUGUCUCCAAGUCAUUUGUUCGCUCCCAUGUAAGCUCAAUAUUGAAGGGUAGUUUUGGCAUCUGUUCUUCACAGGUCUAACCCAGUAGAGUUAUGGUGCAAAGAUAGGAACUUCAUUUCAGAUAAAAUUGACUUUAUUCCUAGUCCUCAUUGUAGGUGACCUUAUUCUACUAUGGUGACUUAUUGGCAAUAUUGAUGAAACUGCCAAGCCUCCCAGCUAGGAUGUUGAUGGUCAUUCUAGGCCUCCUUGAAGUGUAGAAGGUUGGAUACUUCUCUUACCCUUUAAGCCUUUAAAUUGGCCAGUACUUGCAAGUGUUACAUAGUAUUAAUGUGUUUGUUGUUUCAUUACCCUGUCAGUUGAUGUAUGGGAUAUACUAUUGAUUGUGUUAUUAUUGUUAGUGGCAUACUCCUUAAGAUGAACCUGAUAAUUAAUUUUGUAAUAGUGCUGAGUAAAUCAUACACAAACUCAUUGUACCCAAUGGCAUGAUUAUGACAUUAGUUGACCCUAUCUCACCGUACUGUCUGAAUUUGGAGAAAAUUCAGAAUUCUCUACUGCAUUGUAAGUUCCUUGCCAGAGAGAUUGAAAGUUACUGUGUACUUUUCUCAUCCUCAUAGAACCAUAGUAAAAUACUGUGGUUUCUGAAAACUAAACAUAUUAUAGCUGCUGAAGUCCCUCCACAUCUUGAGCAUAUUGAAAAUGGCAUAGGAAAUUAACAUAAGUAAAUAUCAUCAAUGACAGGAGUUACAUGAUUGGCGUGCCUUUGCUUAAACCCUGAAAGGAAAAGUUCUCUAAGAAGAUUGCCUAGAACGUAGCUGACCAGUUAGCCUAAUCAGCAAAUUUAACCAGUGUUAACUUGAAGUUCUAAAAAUAAAAAGCUGCAGUUGGGAGUGGAAAAUAAUGCUUCAGAGUAUGUAGGGCAAUAAAUACCUUGAUGAGGCAAAAUGAAGUACAGAUUUAACAGCUGACAUUAUUUGACUUCAGUAUGUACUACAUAAAAUCUAGGUUUAGCUAAUGUACAGAAUGGCAAGGAUAGUAAAAAAAAGAGCAUAAAGGCUCAAAUAAGAACUGUAGUGAAUAUAAUGUAAAGAGUUCAGAGUUUAAAUACCUGUUUUCAAAAUUGGGCUUUGCUGUUUACUCACCUUGGUUAAAAAAAAAAAAUGCUAAACUUCUCUGGAUCUGUAAAAUGCAGAAAUCAUAUGAAAUAAUUUCAAGAAUGAAGUACAAUCAUGUUAAAAUGUAAUUCGAAAUUGAAGGUAUUACUACUAUAAUCUUUUCAGACUAGAACAGGGAGUGUGAUCUAAUCUUGCUCUUGUCCCAGAUGAUAGUCAUGGGGUCAUGGGAGAAAGGGAACAUUGUGCUCAUCUCCCAGUGCUCUGUUCUCCUCCAUCCAUAACUGCAUCCUGAAAAUACCCAGAGUGGCGUCAGCUCAUCAGUCAAUAGCAAGACUUAAAUCUGACAAAUUAACUCUUACGGCAGGCUGAUAGGCCAGUCAGAUGGAGGACAAGUGAGGCAUAUCAUCUACUUUGAGGUUGACAGGAAACCAUCACAAUUCCAUUAAUAAGUAAGAAAGUUAGGAAAAGUCCAUACUCAGACUGGAUCUUAGUGAGUUGGCACCAACUUGUAGAAAGAAGAGCAGGAAUCUGACCAGCUUUGUGCUGUGAUAGAGAAGAACAAUCUUGUAAACCUGGGCAGUGAUAAAAACAACAACAAAAAAAGACUGGUCCUGUAAUGGAGACUGAUAGAACUAAGGGUGCUCCAUGAAAUGUUAAUACAUUUUACAUUUAAAAAGGCUCAUAGAUAUGAUGCUGAAUAACAUGACUUAUAUUUUAAAGCAGACUUGUGACAAAACUAGUCUGUGUUCUUCCAGAUAAAACAGAGCCUGUACUAGGAUAUGAAAACUUAGAGAUCACAAGAAAAGCCAGAACUAAGACCACAUAGUUUGACAGCAGUAAGUAGACUUUUAAAAAGUUUAUAAGUUAAAAAGAUGAUUUUUGUUAGAAAACUCUUAGGAGGUAAUACACAAAAUACCACAUAUAAUGAUACAGGAAUUCUUAGCGAAUAACUGAAAAUCGUUAUCAACUUUAUUUUUAUUUUGUAUUUUUAUUUUUGCUUUUCAGGGCCACACCUGCAGCAAAUGGAGGUUCCCAGGCUAGUGGUCAAACCCGACCUGUAGCUGCCGGCCCACGCCACAGCCACAGCAACGCAGGACCCAAACGGCGUCUGUAACCUACACCACAGCUCGUGGCAACACCAGAUCCCCAACCUGCUGAGUAAGGCCAGGGAUCGAACCUGCAUCCCCAUGGAUGCCCAUCAGAUUUGUUAACCACUGAACCACGACAGGAUUUCCAGGUUACCAACUUCAGAUAUGAGUGGUGGUGUUAUGGGUCUUAAGUCAGGCAUGUGGAAAACUAUUUCUGACACAAGGCUAUUGAAGCCCAAAGCCUUUCUUAGUGAAUCUCAAGGUGUCACCAUAGAAAUAUUUACAAAUCAUAUGCCAUUUCUUUAGAAUGUCCCCAAAUGUUUCCCUCCUUGAAGAGACAGGAGGAUGACUCGGGUGUCCUUCCAUUCAGAAAUAGGGGCCUGUUCACUGUGAUCAAGCCUCACAUCGCAUUUUGGGUGUAUACAUCUUUUCCGUUACAGCUACCUGGUUGUUCCUUAGUUUUAGUAGUCAGGGUGAAAAUGUCUAUGCUUGAUUUUUCCCUCAAGACUGUGUUUUCAUCUUAACUCUUAUGUUAGUCUAUAGAACCAACAAUUAGCUCAGAAUAUACAAUCAAUCAGUAUAUGCAUUACACUUUUUUAAGUUGUGAGGAGAUUGAAAUAUCACUUUGACAGUUUUUAGCCAGCAUAGAUUUGAGAACUGAUUGCCCAUCUCAUACUCAGGAAUAUCUUUUCACAAGCUCUUUAGUUUCCAAGUUGACAUUUUUGGGAAGAAUUUGAUGAGUAUGUUGCUAUGAGAUCAAGCAACAGUGGCAUUAUUUCAUAAGCAUUGCACUCUUGAUUUCUCUGUUUAUAAUAAAAUUUUUCAAAAAUAAAAUUAUAUAGAAUGUUCAUCCAGUCGAUAGUUAGCACUAACUAUGCUUUAUCACAUCUAUUCAUACAUCAAUUCAUCAAUCCAGAUUAUUUUUGAUGCAUUUUAAAUUGCAAAAAGCUGCAUACUUCCUGCACCAGCAUACAUAUCAUUAACUAGAGUUCGAUAUUUGCUUACAUUUUUAUCAUGAUCUAAAAUUAGCAUACAAUGAAAUGCAUAAAUCUAAAAUGUGUAUCUGUUGGGUUUUGGGAAAUGCAUACAGUGCUAUCAAAAUAAAAGAUGUUAUCCGAAAAUUCCCACAUGGCCCUUUCUAAUCAGUCUUUGUCUCACCCCACCCCCAUAGGCCACCACUAUUCUUUUUUCUACCAUAAAUAAGAUUUGUCUCUUCUAGAUCUUUGUGUAAAUAGUUACACAGCAAAUACUCUUUCUAGAUAGCUUCUUCACUUACCAUGUUUUAGAGAUUUAUCCAUGUGAUAUUAAUAGUUCAUUCCUUUUUAAUUGCCGACUAGUAUUCCAUUGUAUGAUUAUAUUACAGUUUAUCCAUUCUCCUAUUUAUAAAUACCCAGACUGUUUCCAGUACUGGCAAUUCUAAAUAAAGCUGCUAUGAUUAUUCUUAAUAUAGUCUUUUGUGAAUAUAGGCUUUCGUUUCUCUUGGAUGAAUUCCUAGGAUUAGAAUUUCUGUGUUACAGGGUAGUUUUCAAAGAAACUGCCAUACUCUUUUUUCAAUGUGAUUGUGCCGUGUCCUGGAUUUCCACUAUAUUUUGGAUGUGUAGAAAAGUGUGAACUAUUUUUAUGAAUCAUAUUUGAAAUAUUAGAAGUGGGUUUGGGAUAGAAAUGGCAUUGUUCACAGUUGGCAGUUGGUGUUAUUUGAGGAAAACAGAUGCCUGUCUGCCCAAAACAGCACCCCAGGUGGUUCCUACUCCUGAAAUUUUAGCAUUCAUUUCACUCCUUGAAAGAUUAAAGCACUUACCCAAGUGUAGUGAUGAAAUUAACUAGAAGAUACAGCACUGGUUUAUGUUACUAACUUUUGCCACCCACUUGCUGUAGGUAAAAUAAGACUGAUAACUGAACAGUAAAGAUUACUUCUGUUCAAUGGGGGCAGAAGGGAUAGUAGAAAACAGGUACUGCUAGUCAGUCACAGGUACAGCAUUGUGAGAGAACCAUCGGGAUGUGAAAAAUCCCCCAAAUGGGGUGGGGAGAAUUCUACCUCACAGUUGUGCAUAAGGGAUAGCUAUGUUUUUUGCAGGACAUUUUAGCCUUUACAAAUCAUAUUUUCAAUAUUGUCUUUUUAUUCAGUACCACCCAGCUAUAGUUAUUUCACACCGCAGUGAUUUUUAUCCCCUUUGUCUUAUCCUUCCCUCCUAUUCUACUACAAAUAGCAGUUAUCUGUAUAAGCCUAUAAAGUUAUUGUCAUAUGUAUGUUUUCAGUGUUUGUGUUCAAAAAUAUCUGUGUAUAGUUCAUCCAGUCUUUACUAUUUGAUUUUUAAGGGCUGGGAUAUUUGGCUUCUACUGUAAAUCCUUAUAAUGUUCCAUACACAUUGUAAAUGCAAUAAAAAUGUUUAAAAAUAUAAUUAA